AUGGAGGAAGACAGGGCUCAGGUUGACCUAGGAAUUGCGGCAGAUGUUGAAGAACAGCAAGAAGAGGCUAUCGCGGCCCAGCGCCAUCCCAAGAAACGCUUUGUGGGCAGAAAGCAAGCUGCAGAAGCCGCCAUGAGGAAUGAAGCAAAUAUGCCCGAGAGAGAAGCCGGCUCACGAGCCCCUCGUAUUCUGAAUCAGGUUCCACCCGAAAUCCUCAAUGAUCCAGACAUCAACGCCGCAAUUUCGCUCCUCCCUCCAAAUUACUCCUUCGAAAUACACAAGACCAUACACCGCAUACGAACGAAUGGAUCGAAGAAAGUUGCUCUACAGAUGCCGGAAGGCCUAUUACUCUUUGCAACCACAAUAUCGGAUAUUCUUACGCAAUUCUGCCCUGGUAUCGAGACCUUGAUCAUGGGAGAUGUUACGUAUGGAGCUUGCUGUAUCGAUGACUACACGGCAAGGGCGCUGGGAUGUGAUCUGCUGGUACACUACGCACAUUCCUGCUUAAUCCCCGUGGAUGUGACAACAAUCAAGACGCUCUAUGUGUUCGUUGAUAUCAGUAUUGAUACUUCACAUUUGCUUACAACACUUGAGAAGAGCUUUCCUUCGGGAAAGUAUAUUGCCAUGGUUGGAACGAUACAGUUUAAUGCCACGCUUCAUGGUAUACGAGCACCUCUGGAGAAAGCCGGCUACAAGCUUCUGAUUCCCCAAAUCUCUCCGCUGAGUAAGGGCGAAAUUCUAGGAUGUACAUCGCCACGGUUGGCGGAGGAAGUUGACAUGAUUCUGUACCUUGGAGAUGGACGGUUCCAUCUCGAGAGCGCCAUGAUCCACAACCCUAUUAUCCCAGCUUACCGAUAUGAUCCAUAUUCCCGGAAGCUCACAAGGGAGACCUAUGACCACAAGGAGAUGCAUACCCUCCGUCGCGAAGCUAUUGCAUCCGCUAAGUCGGCGAGAAAGUGGGGACUUAUCCUCGGGUCCCUCGGCCGUCAAGGAAAUCCACAUACGAUGGCACUCAUCGAGAAGAAAUUGGAGAGUCAAGAGAUACCCUACAUCAAUCUGCUACUCAGCGAGAUUUUUCCAGGCAAGCUCGCUAUGAUGUGUGACGUUGAGUGCUGGGUGCAAGUUGCCUGCCCUAGGUUGAGCAUCGAUUGGGGAUAUGCCUUCCCCAGACCUUUACUAACCCCAUAUGAGGCAUUGAUUGUUCUGGGUGAAAAGGAAGACUGGGGGGUUGGAAACGAAGAUGUCUAUCCGAUGGAUUAUUAUGGGAAGCAGGGCCUUGGGAGAACCACUAGACCGCCGAAGUUGAUUGCGGCUGAAGGGUGA